AACAGCGAUGGUCUGAACUCUGAACCCAUAAGUCCAUAACCCUUCUCCCGGAUUCUACUCAGAUAACACACUCUGGCGAACCAAACCCAGACGAGCCCUGUUACUAUAGUCUCAUGAUAUAAUUAAUGUGAAAUAUUCCUUAUAAACAGAUUAGGGUUCGUUGCGGAGAAUUGCUGGGCGGAGCUGUAAAUUGCAGAAUCAAUAUCCGAAUCUCGACAACAGAAUCCUCUAGGUGCAUCAUCACAUCCUGCUGCGGAGAAACUACCACUCCCUUAAAGCCAUUGUAUAUCAAUCCUCACAAAUUACAGACAACAUCUGAUGGCUUUUAGAGGACGAGGACGUGGUGGUAGAUUUGGUGGCGGUGGAGGUCCCUGUCAUGCAGAGAAAAUUAAAUUUGAACAUUUUCCGGAAAUCGAUAAUUUGCCAGAUGUCCAAAAUGUGAAAGAAGAACGAGUUCUAUUUUUCUGGAGUCACCGGUUGCAAGUAUCAUGGAAACUUUCUCCAUAUUAUUACAAGGGUGUGGGAAAUGAUGCUGAAGGCUGUGAAAGCAUAGAUAUUGAAAGGUAUUCUGCUAAAGAUUCAAAAAAAACCAGGCGUAAGCCCACACUUUCAGACUGCAUAAAGAUGACUGAUGAAUAUGUUCCGGCAGAACUAGCUGUAAGGCACCAACGUGGUCGAAAGAGAGUGCGAUGGAAUCAGGAGUCAGAUAUGCAAAAGUUAGAUAUCUUUGAGAAUCUUGAAAAGAAGUCCAAGACGGAAGAGGAUAAGAAAGGAGGUGAUGCUGCAGAAGAGGAGGAAGAGGCGGAGGAUGUUGAAGUGGAAGAUGAAGAAUUCAGCGACGAAGGUGAUUAUGCUCAGAAUAUAGAUUUUGAUGAUGAUGAAGACGACUUUAACAUGGCUGAUGAUCACAAUGAUGAGCCAUUUUUUUGAAGAUUGCUCGUGUGGAUAUACAUCUCAGCUUCGUGCAUAAUUUCCUUUAUUACCUCCUCGAUAACUAGUUGUGGCAAAGAAUGUCACUAGAAGGACCCGAUAUAGUAUGGAGGCAACGGGGCGCCUCAGUGACUUGUGAAAUAUCAGCAUACGUGUACUACGAUUUGCCUUUUACCCUAUGAAUUAUAUGGUAAAAUUAUCCUAUGGUAUGGUCAACUGUGAUAGAAGUGGUCCUUUUUUAUAUACUAUCAAAUCUCCUAUAUUUGAGGAUGUAGACUUGAGGUUUCAGUUAUUUGUGCAAGUUUUGAAGUAAUUUUCUGGGGUAGGCUACUAUUCUUUUUGGUUUAUUUAUUUAUUUAUUUUAUCAUGGCUCGGUUUGUUUCA